CAUCGCGUGUGAAACAUUAUUUUUCAGAAAAUCAAAUUCAAAAUGUCUAAAAGGAGUAUUCUGAAGAAUCUGAGCCGGAGUAUCAGUUCUGGUCUUGAAUACCAGAAACAUGAUCUUCAUUCAACUCUAUCCUUUUCUACCAGAGCAGCUGUAGUUCAAGCCAGACUUGAUAAAAAUAGAAACCUUCUCCCUCCUCUUAGGUAUGAGAUCGUAACCCCUGAUAAAUUUGAACAAGCUACUGAGCUUCUUUAUGCUACUUAUCAUCCUUUUGAACCUCUUACCAAACAUCUAGGAUUAAGCAAUGGAACUCCCAUUCCGGAUCUUGAUAAACUUGUGGAGAGUACAAUUAAAGAGAAUUUGUCGCUGUUUGCCCGGGAUCUGCAGGGGAACCUUAUGGGGGUUUGCAUCAAUGGAGUAAGCCGGAAAGAUGAUUGGACACAUUCUAUCCAGGAGGCUACCUCUGGAUUUCAGGACUCUAGAGUGAGAAUUUUGGCCGCUAUAAGACAGGAGGUGCAUAAUAAAGGAGCAAAAAUAUUUGACGAGGUUGGUACAGAUGUAAUGUUUGGAAUCAAGAUGGUUGGAAUCCAUCCUUCUCUCAGGGGGAAAGGAAUGUCAACAGAUAUUAUCAGGAGAUCAAUUCUUCUGGCAGGUUGUUUAGGCUUCGAGGGAUUAAAGGCUGAAGCUACGGCUAAUUAUGCUGCUCAGGCUUUCUAUACAAUUGGUUUCUCUCCUGUUGUGGAGAUUUCUUACAAGGAUUUUGAGUAUGAAGGUGAGAAGGUGUUUGAAGGUAUAGAAGAAGAGCAAGGUCUUAUUCUUUUCCAGAAGAAGUUCUUCCAAUCCUGCCUCAAGCAUAUAGUCUAGUUUUAUCAUCAAUCAAUCAUUUAAACAAUCAUAACUUUAGUGCUAGUAUAGUUUUAAUUUAUUUACAAAGGGACUUAAUGGACAAUGGUUGACUAACAUUUAAAAAAAAGCUGACGUCUUUAUCACAGGUGUACCUCAAUCCGCACUAAUUAUUUAAUAUAAUCUCGUUAAUUUUAGUCGGACCCGUUUAAUGUAAUCGGACCCCUUUAAUGUAGUCUGACCUGUUUAAUGUAGUCGGACCCGUUUAAUGUAGUCGGAACCGUUUAAUGUAGUCGGAACCGUUUAAUGUAGUCGGAACCGUUUAAUGUAGUCGGAACCGUUUAAUGUAGUCGGACCAAACUGUAUUAUUGUUUGUAAUUUCUGCUCAAAACGUUGCCAAAGAUUAAAUCAUUGAAUGAAAAACAAUUAUUUUUUAUAAUUUCUAAAUUCUUAGAUCUGUUGAUAUGUGAAUAAAAUGUCCCAACUAUUAACGUGUUAUUUGAUGACAAAUAUAUAUAUUAUAUAAGGA